CGAAACCUUGUUUGUAUCAGUCAGAGCGUGGCACACAAGUGGUCGUAAAGAUGGGACGGAGGCCUGCUAGAUGCUAUCGGUAUUGCAAGAAUAAACCAUAUCCAAAAUCACGGUUUUGUCGUGGUGUUCCAGAUCCGAAGAUUCGAAUCUUCGAUCUGGGUAAGAAAAGAGCUGAUGUGGAGGAAUUCCCCUUGUGCGUGCACAUGAUAUCGAAUGAAUAUGAACAACUUUCUAGUGAGGCACUGGAAGCUGCUCGUAUUUGUGCAAAUAAAUACCUCUUGAAGCAUUGUGGGAAGGACUCGUUCCAUGGCCGCAUCCGUGUUCAUCCAUUCCAUGUCAUUCGGAUUAAUAAGAUGCUUUCAUGUGCCGGCGCUGAUCGCCUUCAAACAGGUAUGAGAGGCGCAUUUGGGAAACCCCAAGGUACGGUUGCAAGAGUCGAUAUUGGACAAGUGAUAAUGUCAGUCCGUGCUCGUGAUCAACAUCAGACACAGGUUAUUGAAGCUCUCAGGCGUGCGAAGAUGAAGUUCCCAGGCCAACAAAAGGUAUAUGAUAGUUUGAGUGUUCUAUUUUUCUACUUUGGUGUAUGCAUGCUGAAUUUACAUGCUAGUUUCAAUGGUGUUCCCAUGACCCAAUUUCGCUCUUAACAAUAUACGUAGGGAUUACUCAGCAUUUUGUGGAUUCAUUGGGUAAUAAGUAACGUCACUUAUCAUGGUAUUGAGCUGUCCAGCUGAUUUGAAAGUGGGUAUGAUAUCAAAAGUAAAAAGCUUCUGUAAGUUGUGAUGUCGCUUUCACGAACGAGUACGUGGACUCCAGAUUCAGGACAAAUUUUCUAUUUGUCUCCCAACAAAACGGUUUUCAAUAGAUUUACUAUUGCGUGACUUGCGUGCCCGUAAUGUAGGUGUGUACACCAGUGCAUGUACCAAGCAACUACUCAAACCCAAGCAUUCACUUGUGAGAGGAAUUUUAUUUGAUGCAUUGACAGGCAAAAUUGUCAGCCUUCAGUGUUUGCUGUCGCCGAUGAUUUUUGUACAGAUCCAACCAUGUGUAUGAGUUGACUGUUGGGAAUCUGGUUGACUUCAAAUUUUCACGUCUCCUAUAUAAAGCAUUUUCUUUUGUUUCUACGUAGCUGUCCGCUUUACACCUGACACUGGGUCCAUUCUUGAAAUAUGAUCUCGCAAUUGGUUGACACAAUUAGACCCAAUCCAUAAAGUCCGUUUGAGACCUCCCAGCCAAAACUGCCUCUAGCGCGGAUGAAACAUUACAUGAAUUGAUAUAAUGCAGCGCUGUCCACUCCGACAUAACACUUAAUGCGAACCACUUAUAAAAAUACUUGGACAGUUUGUAGAUUUUCCAUGUCGGUCUUUGUAGCCUUGCUCACAUAUAAUGAGAUCGCGGGAGCAGUACCAAAUUCGGGAAAAAAAACUGAGGUCAGUUAAUGACGCUGUUGGCCAUCAAAAGUGGCUUCGGCAGUACAUAAAAGACUACCAACAACCACGUGAAAUGUUUAGUAGUACACGAGAUUCAUUCGGUAUGAACUUGUAAGUGACAAGACACGAAUACGACUGCUGGAGUCUUUGACUGUUAACCUGAGUGAUGUAGGCAUUUUUUCUUUGUCUGGUCAGGGUACUGGAGGUCAUCGGGAACAGUGGAUUAAGGCUGAAUGAAAUGAUAUGAAGUCGAUCACAACAGCUUAGAUGUAUACACCAAUUGUAGUCUUCAAUGUUUUGAUCAAUCCUAAUUUAUUUAAUCCUCCUUUUCUCACACCUUAAUUGUGUCACUUCUGUCCACUUUUUCUUGAACACUGUUUAAUUGUGUCGAUUUGACUCGAAAUACUUUAUAGGUGGGUUCUUUGUUGAUUUUCAUGUAUGAGUAACGACGUAAUGUCGUUAACCAGAUAGUCUAUGGAUCAUACAAGGCUAAAUAGGGUUUGGUGUUCCGCAGUUGUAUGUUGCAUAUGAUGACGGCUUGCAGCAGUUUACCUUUUGCUCCUCAAAUGAUGUUGCUGACCAGAGUUUGACUAGAUUCGUAUUCUAUGGAGGACUUGCAAGUGUAGUGCAAUGCACUGCAGGUUUCUUCCAUGCUUUGGUGAUGGUGGUGGUGGUGUUGGAAGUCUUCGCGCAACCCAUCUGUGCACAUUUCAAGAACUAAUGAUUUCAAUCUUUAGUUCGCUUUAAUGUGCUACAAAGAGUCGAAUAAUCAAAGCUUAGUUGUCUGAGCUAUGGCCAAUUUGAUACAUUUGGUAACCGGUUUCUUGACAUUGAGAAAGUCUUAAGUUGAAGUAACAUGCUGACUGAUUGACAAAAUCAGCGUAGAACCUCGCACACAGGUGCCUGGGAACCCAGUAAUCGCAUUUUGUCUCUUACUUUUACCGGCCAUGUGUUAGCCAGCAGUAUAACUGAACGGACAGAGGCAUCAACUUACAUUUGGCACGUACCAGCGAAACGCAUGCCAAGAAAACUCAGAUUUCUGCAAAGCGCUUGCAGAAGACCCAUCACAUGGUCAGCGUUUUCACGUAGCAGGACAAUCUUGUCUGGAUGCUCCAAGUAGAGCAGGUGACCUCGACUUGAUAGGUCAGUCACUGUGAAGUCAGACGUACUUAUGGUUAUGUACAUUAUUCCUUCUAUGAUGAAGUUGAAUAGGAACGGUGAUAGUGGACAUCCAUGGCAGACACCCAGUUGUCAAUUCACAUGACUCUCCAUGGGUUGUAAUACAGGUGUGUGUGAGUUGAGUUAGAAUGGAGAGCUUUGGAUGGCGUUGUACACGUGCUGGGUACCGUGUUGCCUGUCAGACACUGAGACAACACCACAGUCGACAGUGAAAUGCCGCCCUCAGGUCGAGAAGUGUGGCAUGUGGACCAGCAGCCAGCAAGUAUGCGUGUGUUUCAUAACCUGUGACAGUCUGACUGAUGUAGCCUCUUCAGGGUGUGAAUAGCUGCUAUAUGCAGCUAAUGAUAGCCUUUCUGGUUGGAAUCUGCGAGCCAAUUGACAACGAUUGUUGAAAGUCUUGAGUUGAACUGUACUCAACCUGUGUAGAAAAGAUGCACCUACGAUACAUCUCCAUGUUGAAGAAGAUAUAAGCAUAUUGUUUCGUCUACUCAGCUGUAAGAUUUUGACGAUCAUUCAUAUAUCUCUUGAUACAGUCUUGCAUGUGGUUCUGAUGCGAUGCAUGGUGACUGCAUGUCUUCGAUAUCAGUCUUAGGUUUCUGAUAUUGUCUGCUGAUCAUGGCUUUACGAAUUAUUGUAUCGGUCCGUGAGAGGUAUGCAGGCCAAGAAUCAAUCCUACUGAGUGGUUAAACUUCGUUGCUCAAGACAACUAAUAAUUAGGUUGAAACGUGUUUCAUUAUUCACAUCGUCUAUAUGUACGGAAUAAGUGCCAAGAUGUGACUGCGAUUCGACACUGAUCCCAUUCAGUUCAUUUAGCUAAGUUACCAACCACAGAAUAAUGAUAGACCAAGUUUGAUAAGGGACCAAAUCCAAGUAGCUCUGAAAAAUACCUUAUGAAAUUUAGUCUGUGUUAUUUCGAAGCAACAUUUAACCUCCUGAUAUACACUACAGGAUGAUAUCUACUUUUGGUUUGACUUGGUGUUCCACGAAAUGUGAAAGUCAUAGCUCUAAUACGUAAGUUGUAAACAAACUGAUAUUUUUGCAUAUGGCAGUUUUUCAGUGAUGGACAUGGUAUCGUCAUAUUUGGCUUUUAGGUCCUUAUCACUUUCGAAAUCGUGAGCAUUACGACAAUUGGUUAUAUCUCCUCCAGAUGGGUUUUCGAAUAAAAGAUAGGUAGCUAGUGAAUCCACUUUUUUUCCAAAGCCGCUCUAGCAACAGUCGGUGUUUUAUUCAUUGAUGUUGACAACACGAAUUUGCCUACAGAUUCAUGAGUAGAUUGAUCAUCUCUGUAAACAAACAAGUAAACAGAACUAAAAGCUUGUCUUAGACGGAAUCGAAGCGCACAUUCUUGCAGUAGGCAACGAACCUCACCUACUGUGUAAAGGCCGGUGAUACUACUUGGCCGCUCAAACCUCGGUAGGUGGGGCAGGGCUCAAACUCGUGACUCGGGUUGAAAAUCACCUCCGUAAUCCAAUGAGCCACGGUAAUACGUUAUCUUUAGACAGGCUAGUAGGACAAACAUUAGUAAAUGUACAGUCAUAUUUUAGUGAGUUUUAUUGAAAGGCAUAAAGUCAUUAUCAUUCAACUUUGAUUCUCAUUAAGUUAAAUGGUUUUUAUUUCUGAUUCUCACAGACGGCUGUGACACUGUUGGUUCGUCCCAUCGCAGCACGUCGUGCACAUGGUUUGAACGGAUAGAGUGUUUUAUAUCGAAGUCGAACUAAAUAUCAUAUGUGAUUGUCUGAUUUGUUUACGUGAUGUGUACGUAGUUUUUUUUUAUUGUUAGAUGACUGACCAAAUGGUUUUACUCCAGAUUGACACGUCAGGAAGCAUUUUGAUGCAUUCAGAUUUCAUUAGAUUUGCAUAUCACGAGAAGUGCAUCCAGAUCCACAGAACUUAAUUCACUAUUUGUAUAUCACUUACAGAUAGCAGUAUCACGUAACUGGGGUUUCACAAAGUGGCCACGCGCCAGUUUCCAAGAGAUGCGUGCAAAAGGACAAUUGGUGUCGGACGGUGUUGGUGCGAAAUACAUUCCUGCUCAUGGCUCCUUAGAAAUUUGGAAAAAUUCUCAAGCACGCUUAGCUGGUAUAAAUGCAUAAGAGCAGACCAAAUAAAUCAUUGGUGAACACUAGUCUGGUUUUCGUUCUUCAAUGCUUCUGCAUAUCAACGCAAAUCUGGGUGCGGUUUUGCAAUAAGUGACGAUUACCUGCAAAAUUGAAAUCUAGUGGUGCACAAUGAAAAGUAUUUUAUCCAUGAUAAUAAUAACACAAGGUUAAAGUUUGACGCUAUUAGGCGACGAAACCAUGUGUUUCUAUUGAAGAUUAGGCACAGUUCGUUGUAGCGACAAUGAUGAAGAGAGUGUCCGACAGUUUUGAAUCGUGGAUUAACUAUGGAAAACGAAGUUACAACAUUUAAGUAGAAAAGUGGAAAUAUCUCUGUGAGUGUCUCUACAUAAAACGUACCCUUCAGUCUUAGUUCCCCGUGGUUUUGAGUAUGUCGUGUAGUGUUGACUGUUGUGUGGUAGAUUUUUGUUUUACUCGAAAGGAUCAUCUGGAUAUCGAGUUGUAUUUGGUGGUGUUUCACUCCAAGUAUGCUUAAGGUAUCCUAAAUUGUUGGGAGCUAGUCCACCAACUACUGCACAUGAUGUGCUGUAGCAUUUCAGACUAGCUAGAAUAGAAGCGUACGCAGAUGCCAUUGUGAGAGUGGAUAGAGUGAGUUGGUAUGAACAGGUGUGAGUUUGUGAUUGGUGGUGAAUUGUUUGUGAGUUUUUGUUGUUGUAAUUGUUGAGGUUACUGUGGUGUGUGUGUGUGCGUGUGUGUGUAGUUGGAUGUCGUCGCAUGCAGAUCUGAUUGGAUUUGCUUUGAAACGCAUCCGAGAUGAGGUGAAGCAUGUGAUGUACUGGCUGUUUUCCAUUGGUUUGGGACAGGCAACAGGAUCCAUGCGAGAUGAUAUGUGAGUGAGUGUAUUUUGAGGUUGAGGAUGAGUUGAGUGUAUUUCUGGUUGCCUGGAUGUUAUGUAGAGUGGUGUGUGUGUGUGUGUAUGUGCUUGUAGGAGGUUUUUUGAUUGAUUUAACGGUUUGCAUUUCAGUGUAGAGACGGAGUAUUAUUGUGCUCUUAUCUCAAGGGUGAAAUGCGAGAGAGUUUCGUGUGUUGCAGAUUGCUCUGAGAUGAUCUCGGGGUUUCUGCGAGGAGCACGAGAGAUGCUUUGUGAUAGAUUGUUGGUAUGCAUGUAUAAAAUUGUGACUGAGGAAUUCUUUUGGAUUGUAGGGUGUAUUUGUGUGUGACAUUGUUGUCGUAGUACUUAGGUUUUUACGUUGACGUUAUUAAUGGGUGGAUGAUGUGAUGAGUAUGGUGAUAGAUGGUGUGAGAGGUGAUCAAGUGAAGUGUUGAUAUUUGGUGUGUGUGUGUGUGUGUGUGUG